GCAUUGUUUUGGAAAUCCCUUUCACAAUUUGCAAAAUGGCUGCCCUCUACUCGGUCACCGUUAAGGACAUCAACGCUCACGACUUCAACCGUGCUUACGCCGCUUAUCUCAAGCGCUCUGGCAAGCUCGAGAUCCCUAAGUGGGUUGAUCUUGUUAAGACCGGCACCAACAAGGAGUUGGCCCCUUAUGAUCCUGAUUGGUUCUACAUCCGUGCGGCCUCUGUCGCCCGCCACAUUUACCUCCGUCGCAGCGUCGGUGUCGGUGCUCUUAAGAAGCUCCACGGUGGUACGGUUAACCGCGGUUCCCGCCCUUCUCACCAUGUGAACUCCUCAGGUUCUAUUGCUCGCAAGGUUCUCCAAGCCUUGGAAAAGAUUAACGUUGUUGAGGCUGACGAGAACGGUGGCCGCAAGAUCACCGUUGAUGGCCAGCGUGAUUUGGACCGCAUUGCUGCUUCUGUUGCUCAGACUCAGGCUUAAAUGUUGAUUUAUCCCACUAUUCAACCUGAAAUAAAUCGUCGC